UUAAUCUGUGUCCUGUGCUUGACACAAUAGAAAUAAUAUUUCAAUUUCUAUCUAUCUUUUUGAUAUAUCUAUCACAUUCAAAUUCAAAUGUGUUUAUUUCGAAAGUUUGUUCAUACGUGUAAAUAGUUUUUGCAAGUAUAAAUUUAUUUUUAAGCAAAAGUGCUACUUAUAUUCUACUUCAGUUAAUUGAAAUAAUAAUCGUAUAAUGCAGUAAAUAUUCUUGCAAUAUUAUACGAACUGUUGUUCCGCUAAAUUUUCAUAAAUUUUUAAGAUUUUUGGGACAUUACAAUGAAAAGCACAAAGCUGGUAGGAUGUGCAAAGAGAUGUCUUUGUGGUCCCCGAAUUAUGCCACGCAGCGGCAUGGCGACGGCAGCCGCCGCCACGGCACAGCAGCGCGGCGCCCGCCAGAGCGCCUCCUUCACGCUCAAUCUGUUCCGCGGCCAACUGGAGCCCGCUCAGGUCUUCCCUUUCCCUGAGCCUCUCACCGAUGAGCAGAAACAGACUCUCGCCGAACUCGUCCCCCCCGUGGAGAAGUUCUUUCAGGAGGUGAACGACCCCGCAAAGAACGACGCGGACGCGCAGAUCGAGGAGGGCACGCUGGCGGGGCUGUGGGAGCUGGGCGCCUUCGGGCUGCAGGUGCCCACGGAGCUGGGCGGGCUGGGGCUGAGCAACACGCAGUACGCGCGGCUGGUGGAGGUGGUGGGCGCGCACGACCUGGGCGUGGGCAUCACGCUGGGCGCGCACCAGUCCAUCGGCUUCAAGGGCAUCCUGCUGUUCGGCUCGGAGGAGCAGCGCGCGCACUACCUGCCGCGCGUCACGGGCGGCGAGUACGCGGCCUUCUGCCUCACCGAGCCCUCCUCCGGCUCCGACGCCGGCUCCAUCAAAACACGAGCGGUGCUAUCUCCCGACGGUAAACAUUACAUUUUGAAUGGAUCCAAAAUUUGGAUCAGCAACGGUGGAAUCGCGGAAAUCAUGACCGUAUUUGCGCAAACUCCUAUCGAAAAAGAUGGCAAAACUGUGGACAAGGUGACGGCGUUCAUAGUGGAGCGGUCGUUCGGCGGCGUGUCGUCGGGCCCGCCCGAGAACAAGAUGGGCAUCCGCUGCUCCAACACCACGGAGGUGUACUACGAGGACGUGCGCGUGCCCGUCGCCAACGUGCUCGGCGGCGUCGGCAACGGCUUCAAGGUGGCGAUGAACAUCCUGAACAACGGGCGGUUCGGCAUGGCGGCGGCGCUGGCGGGCACGCAGCGCGCGGCGCUGCGCCAGGCGGCCGAGCACGCCGCCACGCGCGUGCAGUUCGGCCGCCGCCUGGCCGACUUCGCCGCCGUGCGCGAGAAGCUGGCGCGCAUGGCCAUGCUGCAGUACGUCACCGAGGCGCUCGCCUACAUGGUCAGCGGCAACAUGGACUCCGGCUGCCAGGACUACCACCUCGAGGCGGCCGUGUCGAAGGUGUUCGCCUCUGACUCCGCGUGGAACGUGGUCGACGAGGCGAUCCAGAUCCUCGGCGGCAUGGGCUUCAUGAAGGCGACGGGGCUCGAGCGCGUGCUGCGCGACCUGCGCAUCUUCCGCAUCUUCGAGGGCACCAACGACAUCCUGCGCCUGUUCGUGGCGCUCACCGGCAUCCAGUUCGCCGGCUCGCACCUGCAGGAGCUGCAGCGCGCCUUCAAGAACCCCGCGGCCAACCUCGGCCUCAUCUUCAGCGAGGCGGGGCGGCGCGCCGGCCGCGCCGUGGGGCUGGGCCGCGCGCCCGACCUGGACGCGCACGUGGCGCCCGCGCUGCGCCCCGCCGCGCGCCACCUCGCGCGCCAGGUGCUCGAGUUCGGCGCCUGCGUCGAGACGGCGCUGCGCAAGUACGGCCGCAGCGUGGUGGACGAGCAGCUCGUGCUCAACCGGCUCGCCGCCGCCGCCAUCGACGCCUACACCUCCGCCGCCGUGCUGUCCCGCGCCUCGCGCGCCGCGCGGCUCGGCCUGCCCGCCGCCGCGCUCGAGCUGCGCCUCGCCGAGGCGUGGACCGAGGAGGCCACGGAGCGCAUGGCGCGCCUGGGCGACGCGCUCGCGCCGCGCACGCUGCUGCACUACGAGCGCCUGUCCGAGCUGGGCCGCGACGUGGCCGACGCGGCCGGCCAGGUCACGCGCAACCCGCUCAACCUGUGAGGCGGGCGGGCGAUCGGGAGCCCGCGAUGAGUCCUCUCGGCGCUCGCACAUAAAUAUAAUUAACUACAAAAUUGUACAUAUUCUAUACGCGAAGAUAGGCUAGACGUCGACGUGGAGGGAGGCGUCCCAGGCGCGCGCGU